AUGACGGGCACCACACUUGUCGAAACUCGGGAAGGAGAGCACCCCGAGGCGACACCCAGCGGCCCCGUGGAGCAGCACACCUACUUGCCAUUCCAUAUUCGGUUUGAUGGGAAGGAUCGACACAUCUUCGAGCCCCUCCUGCUCCUGUUGGAUGGAAGACACGGCUCUGAGGCCAUCUCCAAGCAGCUGGCCCCCAUCAUCAUGCCAGGGCUGCAGACCAACGAUGGCCUGCAGGGACACGGCUCUGAGGCCAUCUCCAAGCAGCUGGCCCCCAUCAUCAUGCCAGGGCUGCAGACCAACGAUGGCCUGCAGGGAUAUCUGGAGAUUUCGCUCACGGUGCCCCUGGGUAGCAAAGUGUUCGUGGACCGGGUGGUCUGGGACAUGCGCGCCGCCGUCGAUGAGAGCAACAUCUAUGCCAGCACAGUGGCUGGGGAUCUGGGCUUGCCCUGGGUGUCCGCUGCCGUCAUCUCCAAGCGGCUGAAAGAGAUCUUGGACCAGGUGUGGAAGGACGAGCAUUUGAUGGCCAACGAGGGGCGGCUGGUGACCCCCCUCAUCUCGUCAGUGCUCUACCUCACUGGCACAGCACAGAACCCCCAGCGCCAAGGGCCAACUGUCAUCCUGGACCAGAGGUUUGAUGCCGAGCUGGGAGCGGUGACCCCGCCCAGUCCCGCCUGGAGCACGCUCUCCUUCCCCCUGGCGGGCAACUACUGCCUCUUUGAUGGCGCGCUGGGUCACGGCGUGCUGGACGCCGGGGACGAAGCGGAGAUGCGGGCCACUCUCUUAAUCAACUGGUGGCAGCACCGGCCGGAGGCGGUGGGGCGAGCGCCGCUCAUGCCUGCGCAGGCCGAAGCGGCCGAGGGCGGUAACGCCGGGCUUGGCAGCGAUGCCAGACGGAAGCUGGCCGACCUUUGUCUUGGGGAGCGCGCUCUUCCCAUCCCCAGCAUUGCCGUGGACGCCGCCAGGCUGGCAGGGGAGGACGACAUGCUCCUGCCGGACAAUCUUCUUGCGGAGAAUGGGGUCGCACUGCAUGGGCCGGGUGCCGUGCAUGCGGUGACCUUUCACCACCAGGGCCUCAGCCUUUGUCCCAUUGAUGGUGGGGAAGGACUGAGCAUCGCUGCCGCGCUGGUCCUGGCUCAGGAUGGGGAGAGCAGCUCUGAGAGUGGGGACGAGGAAUAG